AUGAUUUAUGCCUUUGAUCGAGCACUCGAAGGGUCUUUGUCGUCAUUUGGUGCUCCUUUGGUUGGGAUCAUGUCGGAGAAAAUGUUUGGGUUUGACUCAAAUGGAACUGAUCUUACUAAAGAUUCUGGUCUUGCGGCUGAGGCAUUGUCGAAGGGGAUCAUGUCGAUGAUGAUCAGGAAAGCUUUAUGGAAUCUCUAUUUUUCUCUCAUUCUCAUCAACUUAGCCACAAUGAUGCAACGAGCAGACGAAAAACUCAUUCCUUCGGUUGCGAAAGAAUUGAAAGAUGCGUUCAAUGCAAAACUCUCUGAUAUUGGAUACCUCUCAUUUCUAAGAAAUAUUGUUCAAGGACUUGCUUCGCCUUUAGCCGGUUUAUUUGUUAUCAGUUAUGACCGUCCAACAGUUUACGCAAUCGGUUGUUUCUGUUGGGUCUUAUCAACUGUUGCAGUUGGAGCGAGCCACUAUUUCAUACAGGUUACUCUUGGUGUAGCGGUCAAUGGGUUCGGACAUGCAAUUGUUUAUCCGGUGCUUCAGUCGAUAAUUGCGGAUAGCUUUAAGAAUAGUGCGAGAGGUUUUGGUUUUGGUUUAUGGAAUCUUUUUGGGACAGUUGGAGCUAUAGGUGGAACCGUCAUUGCAACGGUCAUGGCUGGUCAUGAUUUCUCGGGGAUCCCAGGAUGGCGCUGCGCCUUUAUGUUGAUGGCAACAAUAAGUGCGGUGAUCGGCAUUCUUGUUUUUCUCUUUGCCACUGAUCCAAGGAAAAAUAAAACUAUCAGAUUCGUUUCUCAUGAUCAUGAAAGAAAUGAACUUAUGGUUCAAAAAGGGAUAAACUAUGAUGUUGCAACAAUGGAGAAUAUGAGCUCGGUUACGAUGGAAUCGUGGGUGGCCAUAAAAGAUGUAACCAAGAUACGGACAUUUCAGAUCAUCUUAUUGCAGGGAAUAGUGGGUUUGGUUCCAUGGAAUGCAAUGGUUUUCUGGACAAUGUGGUUCGAACUCAUUGGAUUUGAUCAUAAUAAAACCGCGGCUCUGAACGGGAUAUUCACCACGGGACAAGCAAUAGGAUCUUUGGUCGGAGGAAUAGUUGCGGACAAAAUGUCUCGUAUAUUUCCAAACUCAGGCAGAGUAUUUGUGCACAAUUCAGCGUUUUCAUGGGAGCUAUAUUCUCCAUUAUUCUUCUAA